AUCACGUCAACUCAGAACUUCCAGAAAUAAUAUCAACAUGAUCAAAGCGGACAGCAUGCCUCAAAAACGUUGACGCCAAGAUUGACUUGGCGAAGGGUUCUUCUCCUUUGCCUCUUGGAAAUAAAACAAGGAUUGUAUAUUCGUUUCAUGUGAAAUGAAGAUCUAGAGCCUCCUUGGUUUGACUCUGUGAGCUGGAUUGUAUUAUUUCGAUCCUGGAUUGACAUUUUGGGAUAUGAUCAAAGCCAUUGAGAUUUGUCGUGUCUGGAGAAUGAUGUCUACUGAUCUCGAGUAUUUUGUCAUGUUCGCCACUUGCCUUUAUUAAGCUAGAUCAUGUAGAUGAUGAAUGAAUAACACCUCCGACAUUUGUUUUUCAUUGGAAUUUACACGACUGUAAUAAAAGUGCAUGUAGGUGAUUGUGUGUCCUGAUUCGUACCAAUAUGGAUAACGCUGUGGCACCCGGAGGUCCGAAGCAGGAUAAGGUUUAUGCCUUUAAUAUGAAUCCGGUGGGGGCAACCCAAGGAAAACUCAUGGAAGUUACCAUGGAUUCAGGGAACGAAGUAGCUGGCCGCGGAGAUGGAAGCGGUCGUGAAACCUGGUCCAAGAAGAUAGACUUCUUACUAUCUGUCAUUGGGUUUUGUGUGGAUCUAGCCAACGUCUGGAGGUUCCCUUACAUGUGCUACAAAAAUGGCGGGGGUGCUUUUCUGAUACCAUACAUCUUCAUGUUGGUCUUCAUGGGAAUACCACUCUUCUACAUGGAGUUAGCCCUGGGACAGUACAAUCAAACCGGUCCUAUCACAGUCUGGGACAAGGUUAGCCCGCUCUUCAAAGGUGUGGGGUUUGCGAUGAUCUGUAUCGCGUUCUUUGUCGACUUCUACUACAAUGUGAUCAUCUCGUAUUCCAUCUACUACCUCAUCGCGUCCUUUCAGAAGGUCUUACCCUGGAGUACGUGUUCCAACUCGUGGAACACCAACCGAUGCUUCGAACCUCGCUCUGGUCCGGCUUACAACGUCUCCAUAGUCUUCGUCAACGAGUACGGAAAGAACGUCACCGAUAUCAUUGAUCGAAAUGUAUCAGCUGCCACAGAAUAUUACGAACGAGCCGUGUUACAGUCACAUGAGAGUAGUGGUAUUGAUGACCUUGGCAAAGUGGUAUGGCAACUGGCUCUCUGUCUUCUCGCAGUCUACAUCAUCUGCUACUUCAGUCUUUGGAAGGGCAUCAAAGGCUCGGGAAAGGUUGUAUGGAUCACAGCUACCCUUCCGUACGUGGUAUUAUUCUGUCUGCUUAUCAGGGGUGUGACUCUACCUGGCGCUGGCGAGGGGAUCAAGUAUUACCUCAUUCCGAAAUGGGAUCGUCUGCUAACUGCUUCAGUAUGGGUUGAUGCCGCCACACAGAUCUGUUUCUCUCUUGGCCCUGGAUUUGGUGUUCUUCUUGCACUUUCAAGCUACAACAGAUUCCACAACAAUAUCUAUAAAGACGCAUUGUUGACAAGUACUAUCAAUUGCUGUACCAGUUUCCUUGCUGGUUUUGUGGUGUUUGCAGUAUUGGGUUACAUGGCAGAUCGUAACAAACAAUCUAUCGACCAAGUAGCAACAGAAGGACCUGGACUUGUCUUUGUGACAUAUCCCGAAGCAUUAGCUACGAUGCCUGGCGCCAAUGUCUGGUCCGUCCUCUUCUUUCUCAUGCUGCUUACACUAGGUCUUGACAGCUCGUUUGGUGGAUCAGAAGCAAUCCUGACAGGUCUUGGUGAUCAGUUCCCUAAGGUGGUAAAGAAGCAUCGUGAGAUCUUUAUCGCCUUCCUCUUCGCACUCUACUUUUUGGUUGGUUUAGCAUUCACAUCCCAGGGUGGGACAUAUCUGGUAAAUCUAUUUGACAACUGUGCAGCUUACUACGCCAUACUAUUUGUGGUUGUGUUUGAGACACUGGCAGUAGCAUGGUUAUAUGGACUCACGAUACCAACAGAGAAAAUUUCAGAAGACAUAGAAGAGAUGUGCGGAUGGAAGCCAGGGUUUUAUUGGCGGUUCUGCUGGAUGUUCCUCAGCCCUGUUAUGAUUAUAUUCAUCAUGGGGUUCGGUCUGGCAAACUACGCACCCUUUACCCUGGAUAGCUAUGAAUACCCCGAAUGGUCAGUAGCCAUUGGUUGGAUGAUAACGUGUACAUCCAUCUCCAUGAUACCCAUCGUAGCUGCCUACCAAAUCCUCACGACACCUGGCUCAUUGUGGGAGCGUAUCAUGACAAAUCUUCAUCCCCGGAAAACAUGGCCUAAUGGCUACGACGGCAGCGUGUAUACCGCAGAACAAGAGAGCAGAAUGAACGGCAUGGUACUGGAGGCAACGUGCAAGCCAGUGACGCUUGUGUGAGGCAUCCCACAAUGCACCUGUCAAAUAAUUUAAAUGCAACUGGAGGCAGCUUGCAAGCCAGUGGAGUGUGUCAAUCUGAUAAUACUACAGCAUAUGUUAUGUAUUCAAUACUAUGAAUAAGUGAGAGGUCAAAAUCAAAGGAAUGAAUAUUGCCGAGUUGAAUACACCCACAAGAGCAAGCCUUUUGUAGGUUAACUUUUUACCUUAGUUGAAGAUGCAUUCAUGUCAAGUCAGAUUGAUUUGAACCUUAUAACUCAAAAUCAUUAGACAUUUUUUUUUUGGGGGGGGGGUAUUCAAAGUGGUUCUACAGAAUAUUAUGUGUAUUGUACGGGAACACAAAAAAUCUAUAUAUAAAUAAAACAAAAUUUUAAACACAUUGACAAAUACACUGACAUAUUGUAAGCGCCCUCUCUAGGUGAAAUUUUGUGAGAUGGCACUAUUUGGAUGAAUGUUCAGUGUCACCUUAAACAUUGUGUAAAAAGGACAAUAACAAUUUGUUUUAGCAAGACAGUCAACUUUGGCUAUAGUUUUGUAUUACGUGAAAUGAACCUGGGCCAAGUUGUGUGCAUUUCAAAAGAUCAAGUAAAAUCUGAAUACAUUAAAUUAAAAAGAAUAAAACGGUCUGUCAGAAUUCAUCUUUUUGACUGUUCCUCAGUCGCCAUAAAGCUGUUGACUACCAACUUCUUGAAAGUCAAUACAUUAUCAGUGUAUGAUACAUGAAAAUGUAAUUAAAACAUUAUUGUGAUGACUAUGAAGACAAUUG